UUCAGUCAGACUGUACCUUCCAGAGUAUAAAGUGAAUACAAUUGGUGGGUUGGUAGGACCUUAGCGAGAUGUCCACCUAUUGACUUCUGGAAUACCACAGACUGUGGCCAUUCAUUUGAGGUUAACCUCAAAGUCGAGAAUUCUUUUUUAAUUUUUUGUUCCCAAGCAAUUUAAUGCAAUAGUUUAAGAGACACUCUUCAAGGAAUAAGACUACUAAAAGAUUCAUGGACAGGGUUAAUCAUUUUCACAAGUUGUCAAAAGGUGUAACUCUGGUGGUGUAAGGCUCUGCUGCCUAUUGAUUUUCAGGGAUUAUAUCCACACUCAGAAGUUAAUACUUAUAGCACACUUUUUAUGUGCCUCGUACUUCUUGUAAACAUGUAAAACAGUGAGGGAUAUUAUAUUGCGAUGGUACAUGGAAGCAUACUUACUCUUAACAGUUGGAUGACGAAAGCUGUGUCAUACAUUGGGAAAACACCUUCUUAUCUUGUUAAAGCAGCUACUAAGCCCUCCUAACCCUGUUCUUGCUGAGUAAUUAUUGAUGGUCUUUAAACACUCAUAAUAUAUUUGUCUUAGAUGAUAAACAGCUAUAGAAGCAAGUGCUAUUCGGAGAGAUUGUUGGAGGAGAUAUUCUGCUUUACCCUUCUAAAAAAGAGUGAAAAAUUAACCUGCAAGUCAAAGCGAAUGCCAAUAUCAACACCGGAAAGUAGGAGGUGUCCUGACAUUUCUACUGAUAGGCAGAUUUCCUUUGGAAUAUAUGAAAACUUUACUUACAAAUGCUAAAAAUUGAUAAGAUAUAUAAAAGAUGUGAGGCAUGGUUAGCUUAUGAUGGAGAAAAGGGACGGAGAUAAAUCAUUAUAAAUUAUAGUCAGGAACUGUUUUGGCUGAUCCUAGCUGCCACCUGUCCUAAUCAAAUCCUGGCUCUCUUGAGAAAUUGUCACUUCCUACUUUUGAGAGGCAGUGUGUGUUUUUUGCAGCGGAGAACUUUCUCACUCAGAGGAAACUCGACUUGAUGUGAUAUUUUGAUGUAAUAUGGUGUAAAAUGACCCAAUGUUUGAGGAAUUAAAUGGCAAAAAAAUGACUUGACUUAAAAGAGUGAUGUGCCAUUUAAUAGAAUUAUUUGCUAUGUUCUGCAUGUAAGAAGAUGCUUUUAUGUGCUGGAACGUGAAAUUAUAUUUUUUUCACCAAAGUUGAUGUGUGAUUGUUUUCGGAAAUCAUUAUCAAUGUUAGAAUUACAUCAAAUAAUUUUUCUUUUGUGGAUGUUAUACAUACUUAGAAAUGUUGAAUAUGCAGAAUGUGAUCCCGGGUACAGGACACGAAAAAAUUCAUCUUCCCAUAAAUAUGCCUUCGAAAUUCCAGUUCACAAACUUGGUUUGACGGAACUAUUUGAUGAUGAAGGCAAUGGAAAGGCACUGUUGAACCUGGACUUUGCUAUGAAAAACAUCACCAAGUACAAGGGAGAAAAUGUUCGUAUUCGCUGUGAAAUUUCUGGAAAUCCUCUGCCACGCUACAAGUGGUACAAAGAUGAUGUACUUAUUGGAGAAAAUGAGGACCGCAUCAACAGUAAACUUACUCCCUGGGGAGCAAGGUUGAAGAUAGCCAAUGCUGAUGUAUUUGACAGUGGAUGGUAUAUGUGUAAGGCCUCAAACAAUGCAGGAGAGGUCAACACAACAGGAUAUCUAUUGAUUAAAAAUGAGUAUCCUCCUAAAGCCAAGAAUCAUGACAAAGGCCAUGGACUGCCGGACAUAAUUCCUGAUGACACAGACAUCUUUUCUGGGAAAUACAAUAAAGAUGUAUACGAGACGUACCAGGAGAAGGACAAGAAAUCCAAGGAAAGGGGGGAUGGAUUUUGUCAGACAUUUAGGGGAAACACCUGUGCCAAGUUCUUUGGGAAUCAGAGCAUCUAUGUAACAUCUGAAUAUUCACAAGGAAUCAAAGAAAAUAAUUUUAUCAGUGGAUUUACCAUAAUUGCCUCUUCUAGUGAGAUGUCUACCACUUGUCACCAGUACGCUAUACCAUUUCUGUGUUACUAUACAUUCCCACCGUGUGACCACACCUCAGAUGAGCCUCGUCCACGACAGGUGUGUCGGGACGAAUGUGAAGAACUAGAACAAAACAUCUGCAUCAAGGAAUAUAAACUGGGAAUGAUUCAUCCAGAAAUUGGUAAGCAGCUUCUUCCUAUUUGUAAGGACUUGCCUCCUGUAGGAACUCCAGAGGGAAACAACUGUGUUAGGAUAGGAGUACCAUCCCGGACAAAAUCAGUGUGGUAUGGACAAAAUGAAGGCAAUCAAAUCAAUGGUGGAUAUGAUAUCCCAGAACGCAGUUGUUAUACAGGGAAGGGAGAAUACUAUAAAGGGACUCACCACAGAACACUAACGGGGAAAAUGUGUGUCAACUGGCAAAACAAUCCAAAGUUCGCAGACCAUAAAUUGCUGGGGAACCACAACCAAUGCAGAAAUCCUAAUCAUGACCCAAGAGGGCCUUGGUGCUACGUUGACCAUAACUUCAAACACAAUGAAACCUGUGAAAUCCCACGUUGCACCAGUGGAGCUGAGCCUGUCAACAAACUGAUGUACAUUCUGGUGCCAGGAAUAAUCGUUCCAUUGGCCCUCAUCAUCCUAAUCGCUGUUGUUUGUUUGUGUCAGAAAAAGAAUGAAAAGGGUGCUAAUAGCAAGGGCACAAACUCUUCCCAGAAUUCCACUGUGGAAACUGUGCCAUUAACUGGAAAAAAUCCAGGAUGCAGGAUAAGAGAAUUCCCAUUGUCUUCUAUAAGAUUUCUACAAGAACUGGGUGAAGGGGCAUUUGGAAAAGUAUACAAAGGGGAAGUGAUGGGAUUAUAUGGAGAUAGCACUGUGUCCAAAGUUGCCAUUAAAACAUUGAAGGAAAAUGCCACGCCAAAAGUCAAGAAUGACUUCCGAAGGGAAGUGGAUCUGAUGACAGAACUUCGCCAUCCUAACAUUGUGUGUUUGUUGGGAGUUUCAAUGAAGCAGGAACCCAUGUGUAUGUUGUUUGAAUUCAUGCCCUAUGGAGAUUUACAUGAGUAUCUUCUUACUCACUCACCAAAUUCUGACAUGUCUAGUGUGGAUGAUGAAAGUGGAAAGAGGAUCAUUCUGGAAUAUCCUGAAAUGUUGUUCAUUGCAAUUCAAAUUGCAGCAGGAAUGGAGUAUCUUGCAAGUCAUCAUUUUGUGCACAGAGAUCUUGCAGCUAGGAACAUCCUGGUCGGAGAUAAUUUAUCAGUGAAGAUAUCAGACUUUGGUUUAUCCAGAGACAUAUACUCAUCCGACUACUAUCGUGUGCAGAGCAAAUCCUUAUUACCUGUGAGAUGGAUGCCUUUAGAGGCUAUUUUGUAUGGAAAAUUCACCACAGAAAGUGAUAUGUGGUCUUAUGGAGUGGUGCUGUGGGAAAUUUUCAGUUAUGGACUCCAGCCUUACUAUGGCUACACAAACCAAGAAGUGAUAGAUGUAGUAAGAUCUCGCCAAAUCCUACCCAAUCCCGAGGAUUGUCCCCCACGCAUGUAUGGCCUUAUGGUUGAAUGCUGGCAUGAAAACCCAACAAGGAGGCCAACAUUCAGAGAAAUUCAUGCCCGUUUGCGUGCUUGGAAAACUGAAGUCCUCAUGCAGAAUCCUCACUGGAGCUUGAGUCAGACUCACUCCGCUCACAGUGGAAGUACCCACCAGAGCUCACAAAGUGGACCUAGUCACCACAGCAGUACUGGGCCCAGUAAUACAACAGCAUUGACAGGACUGACAGGAAGUAGUGGGGGGUCCGAGACCCCAGCCCAACACCCACAGGUCCAAAUGAUGGACCCUCGUUACACAGACUUACCAAGAGUGCAUUACACCCCAGCUCAAGCUGGGCCCAUCCAACCGCAAAUGAUGCAGUCCCCUGUCCCACCCAAUUACCCAAUGGCACAUCCUCCAAUGGGUAACCAUCAGAAAUUACAACAACAACCCUUGUACCCAGUUGUAGGCCAAAAUGGCCCUCAAAAAAUCUCUCCUGCAGAAUCUGUAGCAUCCAGUCACAAGUCGUCUGCUAGUUCUGGAUCACAAGACUCAACUGCAAACUACAAAUCAGUUGGCCCGGCCACUAUCCCCCACACACAGGUGGGGGGUAUGAAUAGUGUACCCAAUGGGUCAGCUGUGGCCAAUGGACCAUCAGACUGUCAGAGAUUCAAUAACUUGAUGGCACAAAAUGUGUACAUUCCCGACCAGAGGACGGCGGAUUAUCAUGAGUGAAUAGCAGUGCAUUUUGUGGUGUAACCCUUUUUUGUACAUUUAUACUCACUGAAUCAAAAUAUUAUCUGAAGUAUUUUGUUGUGAUGAACAGAAAUAAACAGUUCAAACAAACUGCAGUUUUAAACUGCACCAGCUUCAGCAAAUGCUGAUGCUUUUUCCUUGUGCUUAUAAACAUAUGAACUCCAAGUAUCUAUAAUUAAAAGAUUGCCAACAAAUUUUGUACAAGCAUAGCAUUUGCAAGAUCCAUUGACAUCAUGAGGCAUGUUUGAAAGCCAGACAUUAUAUAUAUGUAAUUUAAUGUCUUUCUUCUAUUGUGUUGUCAGUAUUGUUUGACAUUAUAUAUAAUUUCAGGUGUUUUGUCAAUACUGACUAAACAACUGACAUUUUACGUAAUUUAGUGUCUUUCUAGUAUUUUUGUUUCAGUAUUUUUUUUAAAGGAAAAACAAUGGGUAUUUGUGUUUGUUUGAAUGUUUCUUUAAAGAUAUACCAAAGCAAAUAAUUUUUCUAGUCAAUGCCUUGAGAUUUUGAGGCUCUCUGCAUAAUUGUUCUACUGUAGAAAUUGUUAAGAUGUACUCUAUGUUCAAACAUUUUAAUGUUCUAUUGUACUUGGCAAUUACGUGAAAUAUUGAAGGGUCCAGCAAGAAAGAUUGGUCAAAGUGCCAUGAACAGUUAAAUAUUUUUCUUGCCAUUUAUUAUAUGGAAUGUAAACCAAUAUUUUAUACAAGAAACUUAAAUUUAUAAACUUAAUAAAGUAGACCAACAUGUCUGAUGACUCAGAGCAAAUGAUUCUUCAAAUAAAUUAAACACUGCUUUCAGCCCAAUAUUCCAACUAACAAUGCAUUUUUUACAAUUUAUUUUGUCAUUUUUACUGCAGAAACACUUAAAAUCUCCACUUUCUUGUCAUAAUGUAACAUUUGACAAUAUUUUAAUUCUGAAAUCUGUCAAACAUUGGAGAUAAAUUAGAAUCAAAUUUUUAAAACAUGAGUCCAGGCAACAGAAAUAUCUCUAAAUUUAUACAUUGUUUAUAAUUUAAGGAUCCUCUUUCCAAGUUUCUAUUAAUUUCAGCCUAUUGUAAACUUACAAGCACCAAGCUCCCUGUAUCAGUAGACUUUGUUAAUCUGGUUGCUUAGUUUACAUUCAGAAUGAGUUGCGUAGUUGUUAUAUGACUGAUUUUGAGUGUGGAAGUGAAGUGAGGAAAUGAAAUGAGACAAACAUGACAAAAUUAAGGGUAUUUCUCAAUGGUGCUUAUGUCAAUGUUGUUGUCAUAGUAACCAUAUAUAUUUAAACAUAAAUCACACAAGCUUGUAUUAAGGAAUGACUUGAUUUAAUGUCUGUUGCGACUUAAACAUCUGGAGUCUAGUGUCCGUCCAUAUCUACAAAGGAUUAAAUUGACUAAAAGUUAUUCAUGUAUCCAUGGCUAUUGAUUUUCGUACAAACUUUGUAGUGUGUAGAUUGAUUCUGUUGAAAUCCUACAAAGCCUUGACUAGUUAAAUCCAAAUAUAUUACAGUACUUAAAAUAUCAGUCCUUACAAAAUUUUAUACAUAGUAAAAUUCUUCGAACAAACUGCUGAAUUAAAGAUAAAAAGAUAAUAAUGUAGAGGAAUGUUUAAUUACUUGAGUGUUUGAUAUGAAUUUCAAUGUAAGGUUAAAGCAAAAAUUUAACUGAUUGCCAAAAAAAAAAAUCAUUUUGAAUCCGGCAAGUAUUAUGCUACUAAAGUUAACUUCCAGGAUACAGAUUUCUUGUGGAUCUGUUUCUAAAACUGUACCAUAUUUUUUGUCUUUUCUGAUGUAAAUUCUUUUUUUAUGUGUUGUAAAAUGGGUUUUUUAAAGCAAAUAUUUCAUUUAAAGUUGAAUCUGAACAUAUGAAAAUAUCAUAAUUAAUCACCAGACAAUCAAAGGUAUAUUUACCAAAUGCUAGACUCAACCAUUUUCAUGACUGUGAGGAAUUAUAAAUUUUGUUGUAUGUAUCAUUAGUCUGUGUUUGAAAAAGUGCAACUUAAAAACUUGUAUAAUUCUAUAUUUUGAUAUUUUUUUCAAUGGUGCAUUUUUUUAUUGCUUUUGUAAGCUUCUCAUAGACAAGUAUACCAGAUAGAUGCUACAUCCAUCAUUAUACCUGUAUAUAGGUCAUCCAGAGGUCAGCUAAACUAGGUGCUAAAUGUUAGCUUCUGUGGUUAGAAUAGCUGAAGAUUUCUCUCUGUAACAUUUUUCAAUCAGCCCAAGCUGCCUACCUGCUGGCAUGUUGAAUGAUAAUGUAUGUGAGAUUUAUCAUUUUCACAGCCAAAUAAAAAUGUUUGAUAAUCUCA